AUGAGUUCUGUUUCGGCCCUUGUUCCCUUCGUGGUCGCGUUGGCUGCCGUCUUCCUCGGCUGGAAGCUGUUCAGCAACAAGCAGCGCAAGGUCCUUAACCCCACUGAGUUCCAGCACUUCAUCCUGAAGGCAAAGACCGACAUCUCCCACAAUGUGACCAUCUACCGCUUCGCUCUCCCCCGCCCCACCGACAUCCUGGGUCUGCCCAUCGGUCAGCACAUCUCUCUCGCUGCCAACAUUGAGGGUCAGCCCAAGGAGGUUGUCCGCUCCUACACUCCCAUCUCCUCCGACAAUGAGGCCGGCUACUUCGAUCUCCUGGUCAAGGCUUACCCCCAGGGUAACAUCUCCAAGUACUUGACUACCCUGCAGGUCGGUCAGACCAUGAAGGUCCGCGGCCCCAAGGGUGCCAUGGUCUACACUCCCAACAUGUGCCGUCACAUUGGUAUGAUCGCGGGAGGUACCGGUAUCACUCCCAUGUACCAGAUCAUCAAGGCUAUUGUCCGCAACCGCCCUCGCAACGGUGGCAACGACAACACCCAGGUCGACCUGAUCUUCGCCAACGUUAACCCCGAUGACAUCCUCAUGAAGGACGAGCUCGAGCAGCUGGCCAAGGAGGACGACCGUUUCCGCAUCUACUACGUCCUCAACAACCCUCCCGAGGGCUGGACCGGUGGCGUUGGCUUCGUGACCCCCGACAUGAUCAAGGAACGCCUCCCUGCCCCCGCCAGCGACAUCAAGAUCCUCCUCUGCGGUCCUCCUCCCAUGGUCAGCGCCAUGAAGAAGGCCACCGAGACUCUUGGUUACACCAAGGCUCGCCCCGUCAGCAAGCUCGAGGACCAGGUCUUCUGCUUCUAA